AUGACCACUCGCCCUCAACCCUUUGAAUCUUCCAACUUCCUCUAUAUUGGUACCUUAUCAAGAUGGGAUCCAUUUACAAGGAAGUCCAUCCACCCAUUGCCCAUGUACAGUGACCAGGAGAUAUACGUUGGUCGUGAUCCAAGUUGCUGCAUAUUUUACUUGCCCGAUAAGUACGUCUCUAGGAAGCAUAUCCACAUCUAUGCAGUUGUAUUUGAUCGAGACAAUCCACAAGAAGUCGCACCGUUGGUUUACGCCCAGGAUCUAUCGCAAAAUGGUACCCUGUGGAAUGGAUACCCUAUGGGCAACGAGAAUCGCAGCUUCCUCCUCAGUCAUGGUGACAUUCUGCACAUGAACGGGAUUUCCCUCCGCUAUACUUGCCAUGAUGAUAGGGAUACAGACCACCUGGACUCCCUACAGAGCGUGGAAAUUAAGGCUUUUGCCGAUAAAUAUACCGUUACGCAGCGGAAAUUAGGUUCUGGUGCCUAUGGAAAAGUGCUGAUGGCCUUACGGAAUGAAACCGGCCAACAACUUGCCUGUAAGAUCAUUGACCUGAGAGUAUUGAAAGAAAGGUUCGUCCGAGAAGCAGAGGAAAGGCAUCAAUCUAGGUCUUUUGCCCAGGUUUCUGCUGCGGGAGAAGUGGUGGCUGUUCGUCGGCCAAGGAACCCCCAGGAAAAACUAGCAGAUAUUGACCGCGAAGCUCAGAUCUUGGAGGGACUCUCUCAUCCAAACGUCAUUGGGAUUGAAAGAGUCAUCAAGUCCAGUGAUACGAUUUAUCUUUUCCAAGAGCUGAUCACAGCGGGCGAUCUGUUCUCUUACAUUCAGUUCAAGGGUGGGAGACUUCCCGAUAUUGAAGCAGCUGUCAUCGUGCGACAGAUUUCUAAGGCUUUGGAAUACCUGCAUCAGCGAAAUAUCGUCCACCGGGAUCUCAAACCAGACAAUAUCCUCAUGACAUCUCUAGCAGAUGGGUGUAGAGUCGUUCUCACAGAUUUCGGAUGUGCACGAACGAUACAACCUAGGCUGGAAAGAAUGUCGACUGUCGUUGGCACAUUUGAUUAUAGCGCACCAGAGGUUCUUCAACAGACCAGUCAAGGCUAUACGAAAGCUGUAGAUCUCUGGUCCCUGGGCUGUAUCACUUUUGUGCUUCUCACCGGUGACAUUCCUUUUAGAGAUGAGGUUGCUAGGACCAUGUGUACGGAACUUGCUCGAACCACCGGCCUAGAGCAGCUGGAAAUGGAAUUGGGAUUGAACGGUGUUGGGGAUCGUGCGGGAGAUUUUGUCCUGCGGUUACUUGUGUUCGAUGAGACAAGGAGAAUGGAUGCAAAGCAGGCCCUUGAUCACGACUGGUUUAGCAACCGAGCGCAUAAGGCGGAAUUUGAAGAGCUUUAUAAGCGGUCUACCAAGAGAUGGAAGCCCCGCGUGCAUACCAGACCCUUGACGAUUCAGUUGCGCGAUCUUAUGAGCGAUCCUAAUCGAUACAACGAAGCACAGGGCUCUCAAUCGCAACAACUAGAUGAUACUGUCGGUGCCCGAGGCUUAAAUAGAAGCCACUCACUUGUAUCUGCCACCCUUUCCGACCCAGUACUUCCACCGCAUCACAGGUCCGAAGGCGCGAUAAGCAGCCAAAGCUCUAUCUGGGAACGAUUACCCAGUCGAUCUCAGACCAGCUCCGUCAUCGUCCAGCCCGAAAGCUCCGGAAAGCCUGCUUCUUCAAAUGAUCACACACAAAUCUCCCAUGCAGACAUUGGUGAGUCAUCGAGAAACCAAGCAACCUGA